GACGUCAAGUGGUUGUGAGUUUCUAUUCUGGGCGCAACUGGGUUGACUUGUGACCUUACGCCCCACACACUGGGGCGAUUAUAUCGUAGGAUAUUGUUCUUGUUACCUUCUUUCACUCAUCUCUAUACUUCUCACACAACCCACGCUUACCUUCGGCCCUCGUCCAAUCUUUCACACGCCUGCCAAGCUCAAGCGCACCGCCCGCAGACGCAACAAUUAAUUCCGCAAAUCUCUCGCUCGCUAUCGCAGAAGCACCGCAGUAAAACAGCGCCGGCGUUUGCGAUGGAUAUCGCCACGAUCAAAGACUUCGUCUCGGACAUGGUCAAGUGCAGCGUCAGCAACAUUCGCGCUGAAAUCAAGUCGGUAGUCGACGCCUUCAUCAAUGCCAUCAACAAGCGUGACGACAUCGCUGGCAUGAAGGAGCUCAUUCUUGCCAACGCCAGUGUCGUUAUGCCUAUCAUACGCCCCGAAGAAGUCUUCCACGUUAUCUCCCCGUCCACUGGACGUCGAGUCACCAGCCUGCCCGAGCUGUUCAUCAUCAUACGCGGUACAUCGCCGAACCUCAAAUGCCACGUCGUCUUCGCCGACGUUAAUGGCGCGACGCAGAAGAAGGCGGGCCUUCUGAGUGGAAACGUGGGCGCGACUGUUCACGAGGCCAUGGCUAAUCUCCUCAAAGCAAGCUCUCAGUUGGUCGAGGAGAAGCUUUACGGAGAAGGCAACAUCAUCGGUCAGAAUAUCCGUCAGCUUGACCACGGGUCCUACAACUCGGAUGGGUUGGAAGACAGUCCGGUAAGAGCAGACCGAUCAGUGUCUUUAUGAUAUUCGC